AUGUUGCUGGAGAACUUCAAAGAACAUCUUGCUUUGUCUGUGAGAAGCAUCCAGUGGAGCUAUGCAAUAUUCUGUUCUACUUCAUUUACCCAACCCGGGGUGUUGAGUUGGGGGGAAGGAUAUUACAAUGGAGACAUUAAGACAAGGAAAACAAGUCAAGGAGUGAAACUCAAUUCUGAUCAGAUAGGGUUGCAUCGGAGUGAGCAGCUUCGAGAGUUAUACAAGUCUCUCAAAGCUGUAGAAGCCAUUCCUCAAACCAAAAGGCCUUUAGCAGCACUGUCUCCGGAGGAUCUCACACAUACAGAAUGGUACUAUUUGGUUUGCAUCAUGCUCAGCCAUACUGGCGCCCAACUUGGCUUUUUCCAAGUUGGGUGCCAGAAGAAGGAUCUACGCGAGUUGUAUGCUGCAUUCGUGGUGCCUAACUUGGAAAAGACAAAAAGGACGCCUCAAAGCAUGCUGCUAUAG